AUGCCACGGCUGAACUUGCUAUCAAGGGAGAUGACCGACGUGCCACUGUCCUCGUCUCUGUUGUCUUUGGCCACCACUGGCCAUGGUGCCUUGAAGCAGCAGCGACCACACAGCAACGUGGGCAACGACAGCAACGAUAGCAACUAUAGAAACGACAGCAACCACGGCAACGAGGGCAACGAGGGCAACAAGGGCAACGAGGGCAACGAGGGCAACGAGGGCAACGAGGGCAACGAGGGCAACGAGGGCAACGAGGGCAACGAGGGCAACGAGGGCAACGAGGGCAACGACAGUGACGGACGACAUCGACGGCGGCCGCAAUAG